AUGGAGGCGGAAACAAAGAGACCAACAUGGAAUAAACAAAUAGAAUUUACUUUAGCUGCAAUCGGCUGUGCAGUCGGGUUGGGAAAUGUGUGGAGGUUCCCUUAUUUGUGCUACAGGAGUGGUGGAGGUGCCUUUCUGGUUCCCUACCUUCUCAUGCUGGUGCUCCUGGGAAUCCCACUACUCUAUGUGGAACUUUCCGUGGGACAAUAUGUGAGAAGAGGUCCAGUACAUGCCAUGGCCAAAGUCUGUCCGCUGCUAAAAGGGGUUGGCCUAGCAACCGUGGCCAUUUCCUUCAUUAUGUGUACGUACUACAACGUCAUCAUCACGUGGGCUUUGUACUACCUGUUCAGCUCAUUCCAGAGCCCCUUACCCUGGGAGAACUGCAAUAAUACCUGGAACAGGCCCAACUGCACCAGCAGCACUACCAACAGCUCCUUCUCCAGCACAGCGAGCCAGCAGUUCUUCAACUACAAGGUUCUGGAGCGGACCGCUGGAGUGGGGGACCCUGGGACCAUUCGCUGGGAGCUCAUCCUGCUUCUGUUGGUUGCCUGGAUCCUCGUCUACCUCUCCAUCUUCAAAGGAGUGAAGUCAACUGGAAAAGUGGUCUACUUCACCGCACUCUUCCCUUAUGUUAUCCUGGUGGCCUUGCUGAUAAACAACGUACAGCUUCCUGGUGCUAUGAAGGGGAUCGAGUUUUACAUCAUCCCUGAAUGGGACAAGCUGAAGUCUCUGGAGGUGUGGGUUAAUGCUGCGGCCCAGAUCUUCAACUCUCUUGGCAUUGGCUUUGGCUCCCUCAUGGCGAUGGCCAGUUACAAUGACUUCCACAACAGCAUCUUGAAGGACACGCUAGUGGUCUCCAUCACCAACUCCUUCACCAGCAUCCUAGCUGGAUUUGUCAUCUUCUCGGCAAUUGGAUACAUGUCACACCUGCAGAGCAUAGCCGUGAGUGACAUCGCUGUGGACGGCCCAGGCCUCGUGUUUGUAGUUUACCCACAAGCCUUCCCAACGAUGUCCGUUGCCCCCCUCUGGGCUGUCUUGUUCUUCUUCAUGCUGCUCUGUCUGGGACUUGACAGUCAGUUUGCGAUGGUGGAAGUAAUGGUGACCAGCCUCGUUGAUGCCUAUAGUGCUUCUCUACUGAAGUACCUCAAGAACAAAGAGAUCUUGAUCCUCAUUGUCUGCUGCUCUGCUUUUUUGCUGGGAAUUCCUCACGUGAUGCAGGUCGGCAUCUACGUGUUUCAGCUGAUGGACCACUACACCGCCAUCAUAUCCAUCAUGUUCCUCGCAUUUUUUGAAGUGCUUGCCAUCUGCUGGCUGUAUGGAGUAAAACGUCUUUCUGAGAACGUAGAGGAGAUGACGGGAAAGAAACCCGGUACAUUCUUCACUGUGUGCUGGGCUGUCAUUUGUCCUGUUCUGGUUGCAGUUCUUCUGGUGUUCUCGGUGAUUCAGUUCAAACCGGCCCGCUAUGAGACUUACCAGUAUCCAGCGUGGUGUCAAGGCAUCGGCUGGGUCAUCGCCAUGGCCUCCGUCAUCUGGAUCCCUCUGUGUGCUCUGCACACCCUGUGGGUCCUACCUGGUACCUUCACACAGAGACUGUGGAAGUCCAUCACUCCUUGUGGCCUGGAUGAAAAGAGUGCCUUUCUUGAGAGUCAAGGAGAGGUGUUCCCAAACAUGAAAUGCCCCUUGAAUGCAGUCAUGACUCCCGUCACUUCACUACCAGCACAAACUACGAGCCAGACCAGGUUUUGAGCUUAUCACCUUCUGAACUGGUGAGCUUUUGGCCUCCUCCUGGAGGAUGGAGGAGGAGCUACAGACCUGAUCCCUCCGGUCAUCAUGUCAUUCUAACGGCUGUGGAUGGAAAAACUGCAUGUGGGUGGGAAUAUUCACUGAAUUGUUGGGAUCAUGACGAAAAAACAAAGGCCGUGCAAAAGCUCUGCGUGCAGGACAUGAAGAACAUGAAGAAAAUCACACCCCCUUUGACGCCGUCACAAUCUGCAUGGAUCAUUGUCUAGAGUACAACUUUACGAAUAGUGCUCAGAUUUAUUUUUUGUGUC